AUGGAGAAAUUCGAGGAGACAAAACAAUGGGAAUUGCCAAAAAAGGAGGUGGAAGACAGCCGGGUCAAGGGAAUCCGCGGCGAGAGAAAAGAUGGGUCCGUCGGAGGAGAGGCGGAUCGAUGCCAGCUGACGACGGCGGUCCCUAGAGGCCCCACUUGUCCAAUCACUUGGAUUUCCGAUCAAUCCAAGAUAUUAGUCAAAAAAUCAAUCGACUUUUUUCAAUUUUCAAUUAUGUCUUACAGUUGACUCACCAUGAGCCAAUAUUUAUGCUUCAUAUACCGCUAACAUUCGACGAAAUAUACUACAAAGACGUCUGCAUCUCUUAUUUUUGCACACUAUUUCGCAAAUAAUGUCCAGAUGAAACUCGUCUCAAGCUAUCGAUAAACUAUAAAAAUCUGGAGGAUUACUAAAGCUUUUUUUUUUCGAUGACUCUAUAAAAGAUUUGACGUUCUAGCCUGUCUGCGCUCUCUUUUCUCUCAUCGGUGUGAAAAAAAGUGCCGCUGAACUGAACCAGGUUUGUCGGAAACACCGAAAAAAAGCAGCGAAUUUUGAAAAAUUUUUUUGUCCUAACCUAUGAAAAAAAGAACUCAAAUCCAGUUCAGAAAAAAAUUAAUUUAUAUUUAAAAAAAAGUCCGUAGAGUUCACUUAUAAUAAUAAAUUUUUGGUUUAUAUUUGAACUGGAAAAAAAGUCAACGAGACCUUUCUCAAUUUCCCAUGUUGCGCAAUUGCAUUAUAAAUAAAUUUCAACAGAACAGGUGCUUGAUUUGCGAAAUUAAGGGUUUUUUAUCCCAAAUUUCCAAUCUCACCUGCCAUUUUUCGCUGCUUUUUUGCAGUUUCUGACUCUCCCAAAGGUAUGAGACCAGUCUGCCGACUCCAAAUAACGUGGUAGACAGACGAAAACAAAUAAAAAGUGCAAUUUGAAAUGAACCCAAACAAGUCGACAAAAAGAUUCCAUCGGUAACCCGCAAAAAAGAGGAAAAUCAGAUAGAGAUCGAAAGAAGAAUGUGCAGGAGACAAUUCGAAAAAGAGCUGUUUUGCCUACAAAUUCUUGUUGUUUGUGCUGAUUUCCUCGGUGGAAAACAAGCGAUUGAGAGAAAAAACUCUUGGAAUUUGAAAUUGUUAUUUAGUAAAAAUAUUCAAUUUUAGAUAGCUUUUUCUAAAUUUGAGUUUUUUUCAUCAAGUUUCCGGACUUGAAAUAAAUACGGUUCUUUUGAAAAGAUUUGGAAGGACCGUUUUUCAUUUCAUAAUAGCAAAGCAGUAUCCACGAAAAUCUCCUUUCGCAACCGAAAAAAAAAAUGAGCCAAAUAGAUUUCCGAUCAUUUCAAUACAUAUUUUCGGCUAUUCUAUGUUUUCAAAUCGUUUACAAUGAAUCAAUGGAUUGAACAAAUAAUGAAACACGCAAAAUAACAGAAAAUAGCGCAAAAUGGAAAAAAGGAAGUUUUUCUUUCAAAAUGGGCGUCCAGGCGUGUGGACAAUAUUUCACGGUUGGCUUCGCAUUUAUUGCCCUUUUCGCUUUGCUCUUUUCUUGAAAAAGGAAAAUAAAACAUGGACAAGAACAAACUGGAUUCUACGAAGUCUUCAAUUUUAAAAGACAUGGGAACUGUAUGAUUCCAGGAAAAAGUCAUUCAAAUUUGACAAAGGAAUGAGAGAAACUCAUAAAUGUUUCAUGUAUGGAAUCGCGCGUUUUUGUUGUUGCUCAACACGCGACCAAAUAAUUUGAUGGUUCAUUUUACUGCUGAAAAACGAGGAUUCAAUGAAAUCAUUGGGGUUAUUUAAACUUUUUUUUUUUUGAAUAUUUGAUUGAAAGUUUGAAGAGGACAAGCUUGAAAAAUUAGAUUAUCCAAAAAAGAAAUAAAAAAGCUACUUUUUUUUAAAAUCUUUUGCUCGGGUAUUUGAAGGAACGCAGACUUAUUUCGUAAAUAUUUCUGAGCUGUUUUCAACAUUUUUCGAGGUCAGACAAGAAUUUACCAUAGCGAUAUUUUCUUGGAAACUAAAAAAUUCAACUCAAAAAAGGCUGAAUAUGACCCGUCAGAAAGAAAAUCGCCGAGAGAAUAAUUUAAAUCCAAAAAAUCCGGGCAACCGGAAAUCCAAGGUGCAAUCAUGCUCCAAAAACUGCUUUAUUCACUUUUUUCCAGCCCUUCUUAUAGAAAAACAGAAUAACACUAGAAAAGUGAAGGUUGAGAUAAAAGAAAGGAAAAAAUUGCAGGAGUUACCAUGCAGGUGCAGCGUCCAGUCUACUGUAGAGGAAAAAAUAGAAGUGAAAAAUGAAAGAAUGAAAGUAGGAUAAUGCAGCGAGAAGAGAAAGAUUAUGAAAAAGUGAACUUUCUUUGAAAAAAGGCAUGUUUUCAAAGCGGAGAGGGCAAUAGGCGUUCAAGAAGCUCACUUGGUAUUAUUCAAACUCUCAAGUUGAAGAUUUUGAAGUUCAUUCUUGAAGGCUAGUUAAAGCUUCACUGAACGGCAAUUCUUGCAGAGGAACUAAAAAAAAGCGGAGGAAAAAUGGUAAUAGGUUGAAGUGAGAGAUGAAGCUGCAGCUUGGAAAAAGUUCUCAAAUUUGAAAAAGAAGAAAUUAUUAUCUAUAAAAGUUGAAAUCACAAGCUUUGAAGUAACGAGAGGUUCGAUCAGCACAAAGGAUGAAAGAAUCAGCUUCAAGUUUUGAACCAUCAAGCUUCGAAUUUUUCGGCUACCGGCUGCAAAAUUUCAAAUCCAGACCAUUUUUGUUUAUUUCCGUUGCAGACCCCAGUGCAUUGGGAAACUUCUCAGAAAGCUUCACUCGAAAAUUAGACAAAGGAUGAAGACGACUUUGAGUCAGAUCACAGUUCAACCGCUCCAGGACCGCUCCCAACACUAGUUUUUCGAGGUUGAGCUUUGAAGCUUCACUGGGGAACUAGGCAGGGCGGAUAGGAACCGAAGUUGAAGUGGAAGAGGCGCUUGAUCGGAACUGCACCUACAGGAGCGGUUCCGGUGGAGGAGGCCCCCAGAAUCAAUAGGAACAACAAUGGUGACCAGCAGGUCGAGUGUUUGCGGAAGCCUUUAUGCCCACAGGCGCAGAUUGCCUCGAGGCGCUGAAUCACGCCGACGUGACGUCACAGAAUGGGGAGUUUUGCCAAUUUGCUACACGGUCCGAUGGCCCUCACUCUUCCCACUCGCAUUAUCUCGGCAAGCAUCUCAGGGUGAAACGUUCGUCGGAUGCCGUGCAUUCCGACGGGUUUUUCCUCUUUUUUUUUUUCGCCGCCCAAGGAGUAGCACAUCUAAAAGUAAAAGUUCAAGCGGGGAGAAUGUAAUGAAGAAGAGUGGAUCACUUUCACAAGGAAAAUUACGCUUUUGGAAGCUGACUAGAGGUGUCAUUUUAUUUGAAGUUCAGAAGCUCCUCAAAGUUGGCCAAAACUUAAUACACUGGAUAAAGAUCCUGAAACUUUGAACCUUUGUGACUUUGGAAAAGGUUUCGACAAUUCUGAAGUUUAGAGUAAAAUCUUCUAAGUGGCUUAUGUGGUAGCCCCAUAUGAAUCCCUAAACGCUGUCGUAGGGGUCCCUAAAAAGAUAUAAAAAUUUUGGGCUGUAAAAAGCUUCCACUGGUUACCGAAGAAAUAUUUUUCUAAUAAUAGUACUGAUUCUCUCAAAAAAAGUAUUUAUUUGACGCUAUUAGAUUCGCAGCUGAAUUAAUGUAAGAGAUCGAUUUUUAACCUUUAAUCCUUUAAUCUGUCGAAGUCGACAUAAAAAGAGAAUCUGAAAAUAAAAUCAAGGGUUGAAUUUGUUCACAAAGAGCGCUCUAGUGAGGAUUGCUAUCAAAUACAUGUGUCACUUUACAAGAGCCUUUGAAAUGAGAGAUACUAGAGGAUACUUGUCUUUUUUACUAUAGGUUUGAAGUUGAACUACCCACUUGAGAUUUUUUUCAAAAAAAAAUCUCCGUUCUCUUCAAACCUUCGUUUGAUUCCCUAUUGCCUUUUUCUGAAACGUAUUGAGAUGAAUGUGGAAUUUUUGAAAAAAGUUCAAAUUUUUCUCUCUUCUGUUUUUUUCAUUAUUUUUUAUGAAUAUUCGAAAGCAUCAGAUCACGAAGGAUGACUGAUAAAUUAGAUUAUUAAGUGAAGAUAAUUUUUAUAUGCCAAGAAAUUCCAGCAGCUAUAACUGAAUUAACUAUUUUUAGUUAGUAAACUUAGGCUUCUACAGAGGUCACUAAACUUUAGCCUCUUAAGUGGCCACUAUUUCGACCACUAUAGUUGUAAAAAAUCUUAUAGGCUCCCACAAAAAGACGAAAAUAAACGUAAAAAACCAAAAUCGGCGCCGAAAUUCAAAAGACGGGUGAAAUAAAUUGUUGGCCACUGAAUGGAUCUUCGAGGGCAUCUAGACAUUCGCGAAUUGAAUUCGACAAGCAAAGUGGCCGAGAGGCGUUGAGAGACACCUGGGGGAACUCCAACCGGUUGGCCCCCGUCCAAUUACGGCCCCCGGGGCUCAACUUCGUCGGAGUUCGAGAAACUUCCGACGACAACCGGUCACGCUGA